AUGGCAGCCAGUCAGCUGACAAUGCAUGAACAGCCAGGCUGGUCUGGAGGAACAAGGCAGACUCAAGAAGUCAGGUGUUAUGAGAGAACUGUGAAAUCUACUUUGAUGGGGAAUAUCUCUUUUCAUGGAUAAAAGAAAGAAACAGUGAAGCCAUUGUAUGGAUUGUUUCAAUAUAAUGCCAGUAUGAUUGGACUAGAAUCAUUAGCUGAUCCCUCAGAUACCUGGGAAAUUAUAGAGACUAUUGGGAAAGGCACUUAUGGUAAAGUCUAUAAGGUUGCUAAUAAGAAAGAUGGAAGCUUGGCAGCAGUAAAGAUUCUGGAUCCUGUCAAUGAUGUAGAUGAAGAAAUUGAAGCUGAAUAUAAUAUUUUGCAGUUUCUUCCCAAUCAUCCUAAUGUUGUUAGAUUUUAUGGGAUGUUUUACAAAGCAGAUCAAUAUGUGGGAGGACAGCUCUGGCUAGUACUUGAGCUGUGCAAUGGAGGUUCUGUCACAGAGCUUGUCAAAGGCCUGCUGAAGUGCGGCCGAAGGUUGGAUGAAGCUAUAAUCUCAUACAUCUUAUAUGGUGCUCUCUUGGGCCUUCAGCAUUUACACAAUAACCGGAUCAUUCAUCGUGAUGUGAAAGGGAACAACAUUCUUCUGACAACAGAAGGUGGAGUCAAGCUCGUUGACUUUGGUGUUUCAGCCCAGCUCACCAGCACACGACUGCGCAGAAACACCUCAGUGGGAACACCCUUUUGGAUGGCACCUGAGGUCAUUGCUUGUGAACAGCAAUACGACUACUCAUAUGAUGCUCGAUGUGACGUAUGGUCCUUGGGAAUAACAGCGAUUGAACUGGGGGAUGGAGACCCUCCUUUAUUUGACAUGCAUCCGGUGAAAACCCUUUUUAAAAUUCCAAGAAACCCUCCACCUACUUUGCUACAUCCUGAGAAAUGGUGCAGAGGAUUCAAUCAUUUCAUUUCACAGUGUCUAAUCAAAGAUUUUGAACAGCGUCCUUCAGUCACUCAUCUUUUGGAACAUCCGUUUAUUAAACAGGUACAUGAUAAAGAUAUGUCUUUGCAAAAACAGCUGGCUGAGCUCAUCCGAGAACAACAGCAGCUAGGCUCCAUAGCCAAAACAAGGCAUGAACGAAUACAUACUAGAAGACCUUACCAUGUGGACAGAGCUGACACGUACUCUCUAGAUGACGAUCUGGUAAAUCUAGAAGUUCUCAAUGAGGAUACAAUUAUCCAUCAACUGCAAAAACGUUAUGCUGACUUACAGAUUUAUACUUACGUUGGAGACAUUUUAAUAGCCUUGAACCCCUUCCAGAAUCUCAGCAUUUAUUCUCCCCAGUUCUCCAAGCUUUACCAUGGUGUGAAGCGUUCAUCAAACCCCCCCCACAUAUUUGCCUCUGCAGAUGCUGCCUACCAAAGCAUGGUUACAUUCAGCAAGGAUCAGUGCAUUAUCAUCAGUGGGGAAAGUGGUGCUGGAAAGACAGAAAGUGCCCAUCUGAUCGUCCAACAUCUGACCUUCUUGGGAAAGGCCAAUAACCGUGCUUUGCGUGAGAAAAUUCUUCAGGUGAAUCCUCUGGUUGAAGCAUUUGGAAAUGCCUGCACUGCCAUCAAUGACAACUCAAGUCGCUUUGGAAAAUAUCUGGAAAUGAUGUUUACACCUACAGGAGCCGUAAUGGGGGCAAAGAUUUCUGAAUAUCUACUUGAAAAAUCAAGGGUCAUAAAACAGGCUGUGGGAGAAAAAAAUUUCCAUAUAUUUUAUUAUAUAUAUGCUGGCCUUUAUCAUCAGAAGAAACUUUCUGAAUACAGACUUCCUGAUAAAAAGCCUCCUAGAUACAUUGAUAAUGAAACUGGAAGAGUAAUGCAUGAUAUUGUUACUAAAGAUUCCUAUGGAAGACAAUUUGAUGCAAUUCAGCAUUGUUUUAGAAUCAUAGGAUUUACUGAUGAGGAAGUGUAUUCAGUGUACAGAAUACUGACUGGAAUCUUAAAUACUGGAAACAUUGAGUUUGCUGCUAUUUCUUCACAACACCAAACAGAUAAAAGUGAGGUUCCUAACCCAGAAGCCUUAGAUAAUGCUGCUGCACUACUAAGCAUUGGGUCAGAAGAGCUUCAAGAAGCCCUAACCUCCCACUGCGUUGUAACACGGGGGGAGACAAUUAUCCGAACGAACACCGUGGACAAAGCAGUGGACGUGCGAGAUGCCAUGUCGAAAGCACUUUAUGGCCGGCUCUUCAGCUGGAUUGUAAAUCGUAUUAAUACACUGCUUCAGCCAGAUAAAAAUAUAUGCAAUGCUGAAAGUGGGAUGAAUGUUGGGAUACUAGACAUAUUUGGCUUUGAGAACUUCACAAGAAAUUCUUUUGAACAGCUGUGCAUAAACAUUGCAAAUGAACAGAUCCAGUUUUAUUUCAAUCAACAUAUCUUUGCACUGGAGCAGAUGGAAUAUCAGAGUGAGGGAAUUGAUGCCACUACAGUGGAGUAUGAGGACAACCGUCCACUUCUAGAUAUGUUCCUUCAGAAGCCCAUGGGUCUCCUUUCUCUGCUAGACGAAGAAAGUCGAUUUCCUCAGGCAACAGACCUCACUUUAGUUGAUAAAUUUGAAGAUAACUUACGAUGCAAAUACUUCUGGAGACCAAAAGGAGUGGAACUUUCAUUUGGUAUUCAACACUAUGCUGGAAAGGUAUUAUAUGACGCUUCUGCAUUCCUUGAGAAGAACAGGGACACUCUUCCUGCUGACAUAGUGGUGGUGUUGCGAACUUCAGAGAACAAACUUCUUCAGCAGCUGUUCUCUAGCCCAUUAACAAAAACAGGUAAUUUAGCACAAGCAAGAGCGAGAGUGACAGCAGCAUCUCGGUCUUUGCCUCCGCAGCUCAGUGCUGGGCGUAUCAAGGUUGACACAAUGGAGGUCAUGCGGCAUCCUGAGGAAACAACUAACAUGAAGCGGCAAACUAUGGCUUCCUAUUUUAGGUAUUCCCUCAUGGAUCUUUUAUCCAAAAUGGUUGUUGGACAGCCUCACUUUAUCCGCUGCAUUAAACCUAACGAUGAUCGAGAAGCACUGAUGUUUUCUCAUGAGAGAGUUCUGCUGCAGCUACGAUACACUGGAAUUCUGGAAACUGUCAAAAUACGUCAAAAAGGGUAUUCUCAUCGCAUCCUCUUUGAAGAGUUUGUAAAAAGGUAUUACUACCUUGCAUUCAAGGCACACGAGACUCCCCUCGGUAGCAGAGAAAACUGUCUUGCCAUUUUGGAGAAAUCUAAACUAGACAACUGGAUUCUUGGGAAAACCAAGGUUUUUCUAAAGUAUUACCAUAUAGAGCAGUUAAAUCUGUUCCUGCGAGAAGUUAUAGGAAGGGUGGUGGUCAUGCAAGCUUAUAUCAAGGGAUGGCUUGGAGCAAGGAGGUACAAGAAAGUCAAAGAUAAAAGAGAAAAUAGUGCUAUUACUAUACAGUCUGCCUGGAGAGGAUAUGAAGCUCGCAGGAAGUACAAGGAAAUAAGGAACAGAAGAACUGAUGCUGCUAUACAUAUUCAGGCAGCUUUUAGGGGAUAUAUUGUUCGUAAAAACUACACAAGAUUGAAAAACAGCACUGAGAGUGUAGCGGAUCCUCAGCUUACAAGCAGCUGCUCUACUUCUGAUUUUGGCUAUGGAGAAGACUGGCAGCAAACCAGUAACCAGUCUUCUCCCGUGGUGCCUGAUUUUCUUGACAAACAAACUAAAAAGAAUAAUUUGGAUGAGAUUUCUGCUUCUCCAUUUAUUCUAAAACAUUCAUUUGAAAUGAAUGAUUCACAAUCAAUUAGCCAAUCCCAGACAGUUGCAGACCAUCAGUUGUCAAGUCUCUUGACAUCCUGUAAAAAAGAAGGUUCAGAAAACUGUCUUGAACAGAAGCUGAGAACACCUCGUCGACGAUGUCAGCAGCCCAAAAUGCUGAAUAGCCCUGAGGAUAACAUGUACUAUAACCAGUUAAAUGGAACUCUAGAAUAUCAAGGGAGCAAGAGGAAGCCAAGAAAACUUGGCCAAAUCAAGGUACUGGAUGGAGAGGAUGAGUAUUAUGAAUCAUUGUCAGCUGUUGAAUCUACUGAAGAUGACAGUUUUCUCAGCUCUCCAUCUCCUCCUUCAAGAGAUGUGUCUUUUGCUCAAAGCUGA